AAUUGCUUAUAGGAUUUGGCGUGGUCGCUGGAUUUUUCAAUAAACCUUUCACGGCUCUGAGCCCACUUGUUCUUUUACAAUUACUAUCAGUAAAUAUAAAUCAAUUUUUUGUAUCUCACAGCAAUAAUGUAUUUUUCGUUUAAUAAUUUUCAGGGUUUAGUUUACUCUACCGGAACUUAUGAGGUAUUCCCUCAAAGUUCAUUAUAUAGUGUACUAUUUGAAGAAGUAUGUGUAAAUUUAAAUAUCGUCGAUUAUUGUUUAUUUCCGUUUGAUGUUGUUUGCGGUAAAAAUUAUGCUCAAUUUGACACUAACAUUUAUAUCAAUUUUUUGAAAUAUUUUCCUGCUGGAUCUCCUGGAAAAACAAUUUUGCAUUAUGCCCAAUUUGCAAACUACAGAAAAUUUCAACAGUUUGAUUAUCAAAAUGAAAAAGAAAAUAUAGAACAUUAUGGUACAUUGCAACCUCCACAAUAUAAUUUGGCAAAUAUCAAAUCACCAAUGAUAAUUUUUUAUUGUCUGAAAAAUGAUCCACUUUCAACAUUUGAAGACGUCGCUGAAAUAGUUAAAAGAAUUUCGAGUAAAGUUAUUGUUGAACAAGUAUCUGACGAAGAUUUCAAUCACAUUAAUUUUGUUACUGCUCGAGACGUUAAGAAAAUUCUCAACGACAGAGUGAUCCAGUACCUUGAUCAAUUUGCAAAAGGAAAAAUUAUUUUUUAAAAUAUUCAU